AAACAAAUGCAGAAGAGAACCCUAGCUAGGGAGGACAGGUAGUUGGUGUGAGGCAAUGACGCGGCCUUUCGGUGUGAAGGGGGGGAGGAAGCGAAAGCACGCGGAACCCAAAUACGACGCCCAUGACGAAGAAGAAGAAGAAGAAACGCAACCAAAGAAAACUGUGGUGGAGGUGGAGCACAACCAAGAAGAAGAAGAAGAAACUCCAGCACCAGCACCAGAGGAUGAUGGAUUGAGCGGUAUCCCAAUUGCGCCCAGUGCGAACAACACUAACAAACCCAACGUCAUCUUCAUUCUUGAAAAAGCUUCUUUGGAAGUCGCCAAAGUCGGCAAGACAUAUCAGCUCUUAAACUCCGACGACCAUGCCAAUUUCCUCCGCAAAAAUAACAAGAAUCCCGGAGAUUACAGGCCUGACAUUACUCAUCAGUCCCUUCUAUCAAUUUUGGAUAGCCCACUAAAUAAAGCUGGGAGAUUGCGAUCAGUAUACAUAAGGACUGAAAAAGGUGUUCUUAUAGAGGUUAAGCCCUUUGUUCGUAUUCCAAGAACAUUCAAACGCUUUGCUGGUGUCAUGUUGGAACUGCUUCAAAAAUUGAGCAUAUCUGCUGUUGGCAAGCGCGAGAAACUUCUCCGAACCAUCAAAAACCCUGUCACACAGUAUUUGCCUAUCAACUCACGAAAAAUAGGUCUAUCAUAUAGUUCAGAAAAGCUUGUAGAUAUGGAUGACUACGUAUCAACUGUUACCAGCAAUAUGGACCUUGUCUUUGUGGUUGGAGCAAUGGCCCAUGGGAAGAUUGAGACAGAUUAUACAGAAGAUUAUGUAGCAAUUUCGGGGUACCCUCUAAGUGCUGCUUAUUGUAUUACAAGGAUUACUGGCGCCCUUGAGAGAAAGUGGAAGAUUUUGUGAUUUAACACCACCUUCAGUUCAUGCCUGAGACGAUUUAGUAAUUCGAGUUCCAUAGUCAAUUUAUGUAAUAUCAGGGAUAGGGGCCUAGCAGUGAUUUAGAAAAUACAAUAUAUGUUGAUUUUUUUGAGGCAUUGAUGUCCUGGACCAGAGUGAUGUUUCAAUGUAGUACUUGAAUUAAAUAUGCUUAAUAUAUUAUUUUGUUGAAGGAUGCUUAUAGAAGCUAAA